AUGGAAAAACAAGAAACUGAAGAGGUCGAAAAAGUCGAUGAUCUCUUGAACACAUUUAACUCCCAGCUCAAGUUCGAGCAAAAAGCAGAUCAGAACAAAACCAGCAAAAGAUUUAAGCCUUACAAAUCGAAGAAAAGAAAGUCGAAGAAAUCCGCAUCCAAGGAAGAGGCAAAAGCUAGCCAGGAGAAACCUCCUUCUCCAGUGUUUAAAAAUUGCUCGAUCGAAAGUCGAUCAACAGAGUUUUCGCCAGAAGACCUUCAUCCUUGCUACGAGGAAGAAGUCAAUGUCAAUGAACUUUGCGCGUAUCUGGAAAACGCCGAACUUAUUCCACGAAAAAUGUCCAGCAUGGCAGAAGCUAUCUAUGGCUGA